AUGUUUGAUUGGCUUUUGCCAUCAUUUUUAAUGCAAAAUAUUAUCUCUAAUGAAAAACAAAAAAUACAACUUCGAAUAGUUGGCAUUCAUCAAUUAGAUAAUCUUUAUAGUUUAUCGCAUCCAUUUUUGACAUGUCCUGAAACAGUUGCUCAUCUUCGUCAAACGAAGGUUAUGUUUUUAAUGCGUGGACUUCCUGGAUCAGGUAAAUCAACAAUUGUUACCCAACUUAAAAGAAUAUAUUCAAAAUCGGUUAUUGUUUGUUCGGCUGAUAAUUAUUUUAUUGAUAGUCAAGGUAAUUAUAAUUUCAAUCGUGGCAAAAUUGGUGAAGCACAUCUUACAUGUCAACGACAAACAGAAGAUGCUUGCAAAAAUAAUGUUCUUGCUGUAAUUGUUGAUAAUACAAAUAUUCGCAUGGAUGAAUGUAAGCCAUAUUUUCAAAAAGCAUCUAAUUAUGGUUAUAUUGUUAUUAUUGUUGAACCACGAACGAGUUGGAAACGUGAUACAAAUAUAUUAAUGAAUCGAAAUACACAUAAAGUACCCAUGGAUAUUAUUGAAGCACGUCUACGUACAUAUCAUUCACUAAUACCAUUUUAUUUUGGUUUAUUUCUUAAUCAUGAACAAUCGAAUUAUGUUCUUCAGCAAGCUUAUGAUUAUUAUCAACAAGCAUUACAAACAUUUCCUCAAUUAAAAAAAGACCUGGAACAAAUUAGUCGAGAUAAGAAUAUAUCUGUUCAUAAUUUACUAAAUCGUGCAAAUCUGAAUGUUCAAACUAAAAUUCUUCAUUGUACAAUGAAAUUUAUCGGAAAAGUAACAGAUCAAAGCCGAAAAGAUUAUACAAAUUAUGCUGCUAAUCGUUUAAUAUCACAUUCACUUGGUAAAAUGUUUCAAGCUUAUAUUGUUGGAUUUACUAUAACACCACGUACUUUAAGUGCACGUCUUCUUUUUCCUGAUCGUCAUACAUGGGCACUAUGGGAUCAAGAUGAUAAUGAAUUACCAAAGAAAGAAGCGUCAUCUCAAAUUGUUACUAGUGAUAAUAAAAAAUCCCGUCCAUAUCGUCGCAAUAAUAAAUCAAAACUAACAACAACUGACAAUUUAAAUACAAAUGAUGAUUAUGAUACAUCUAUGGUUAAAUCAUUAGCUGAUGAUGAUAUACUUUUAGUUGAUAAAGUAUUAUUUUCAAAUAUACCAGAAAAAAUUACAUUUCUUCAUCCAACAUUUGGCUAUCUUUCUCGUGCUCACUUAACAUGUGGUGUUGCACCCGGUAUAAGUGCAUCUCAAACAGGUCAUGAUAUUAUUGAAAUGAUUCAAAAAGAAAGUGAUGUUAUUCAAAAAGAUACUCCCAUACCUGAAAGUAAUGAUGAACAAACAGUUAUGAGAUUUUUUGGUAAUGGACGUUGUAUUGUUUAUCUAAAGGAACCAAUUCCAAUUGAAACUAUUUUUAGUGGAUAUUAUCAUUAA